AAUUGGCCAUUUCAAAUGUAUGAAACUCGCAUAAAACGUUCCUAUAUUUAUAGGUUGUCUAUAGUUACUCUUUGUUCAAUUUUUCAGCCUGGAAAAUGUCUUUACACUACUGUGAGAGAACUUGUUGAGAAUGCACUUGAUUCUGCUGAAUCCAUAUCUGAACUUCCUGUUGUAGAGAUAACCAUUGAAGAGAUCGGCAAAAGUAAGUUUAAUUCCAUGAUUGGUCUGGCUGACCACGAACGAAGAGAUGAAGCUCUUUAUGAUGAUUUUGAGACAGCAAAGGCUCGUGAGAAAAGGCUUGCCAAGGAAGCUCGUCUUCUAGAGGUUCAAGCAAAGAAUGCUGCUCUUGGGAAGAAAGGAAAAGACCCUGUAGCUACAAAGGCAGCUAAGGGUAGGGAGGCAUCGUAUUAUAGGGUGACAUGCAAGGAUAAUGGAAGAGGAAUGCCACAUGACGAUAUCCCGAAUAUGUUUGGACGAGUUUUGUCUGGAACAAAGUAUGGAUUGAAACAGACACGUGGGAAAUUUGGUCUUGGUGCAAAGAUGGUACGUUCAGAAAUUG